AUGAUGUACCCGGCCACGCGUGGGCCUUCGUCAAGGGUAGCUGUAGAUCUCGGUCAGACGGACGGAAGUCACGACGAUGGUUGGCCAACGAAUGAACCGAACCAGUUGCCCCCUCCUGGGCCCCCACAACCUGUGAAUGCUCCAAGGGUGCGGUCAUAUUGGCGUCGACGAUACGAGCUAUGGACUCGCAGCGAUGACGACGAAACAAGAACCAGGAAGGCGUACGCCCCGGGUACAAUUGCGACGCUCCCAAUGUCCAUGCAGAUCGCGUUCCGGCGCAAGAUGUUGUCCAUCUUUGCGCUUCAAUUAAUGGUUCUAACUGCUCUUGUGGCCUCAUUAACGUACGACUCCACGUUGAGUGAGUGGACGCAUAAUACCUUCAAGAGAACUGUCGACCUAUUGGGGCCUCUUAUCGGUUCAAUUGCAGCUCUCGGCGCUGUCUAUUUCGUGCGCACUCGUUUCCCAUUAAACUGGUUCAUGGUCGCAGCUUUCAGUGUCGUGCUAAGUCUUUUGGUGGCAGGCGUUCAGACUUGGUUGGAUACUCCAGCAGGUUUAUUUUGCUGCGGCUUCACCUUUGUGACCGUGUGUGUCAUGAUCGUGCUUUCGGGUCUAUCGUAUCGAUACCAUGGAGACGCAAUUCCUUCGGGUCCAAGUGCUGGUCUACAGCCCGACUCGGAUGGCGAAGUGGUGCUUCGUUCAUCACUGGUUUCUGGCUGUAUAGCGUUUGCCGUAUCUGGUAUCAUUUCGGGUAUUAUUUACGGCAUUUUGGGCGGCAGCGAUAACUUCGUAUCGCUAAGAGCAUUGGGAUACUCAUUGGCGUUGGAAUUAGUACUCAUUGUCUGGUUCUCCUACGACGCUAGUAGCAUGUACAGCAUCAUGACUCCAGACGAGUACAUGAGUGGCGUCGUGUACUUCUACGUGGACCUCAUCGUGCUUACGUGCGCCGCCUUCUUCCUUGCCGGCAUCAUGUUUGUGGCUGCAAUGUUUUGCCCCACUGCAAGCUUUGGCUACUGCAAUUGCAACGGCUGUCUGUGCUUCAGUCGAGCGCGUCACGAAGAAGAGAACGACGACGCAGGUGUAAUCCCGUACGACGUUGAUGAAGACGGGACGAUUUCCUACGGUGUGGUCGAGACUGCCCGAGACGUAGAACGUGGAUAACAACCAUCUUUAAGUAACCAUACAAAGCGAUAAUGUCUACAGAUCAAUGCAAGAAGUACAGAAGAUCCCUUCGGUAGUGAUCGCGUUGGGAACCCACAAUUUAUUCCUGUCUAAGGGUAUUCCUAUUCACGUA